AUGCUGCAAGCCACACCCCAUCGUGGCUUCCCGGCAUCUAAUUCAACUGGCACCACUCACUCAGCCGUAGUAACUCCAACUCAGCCAACUCCAAUACCAGAGCAAUUCAGCAAAUCUACGGCAGAUGUCAAAAAGAUCUUCUACCACCAGUUGUUAGAGAAGAACUUCCCCAAGCUAUGCACCUGCGAGGAACGUAUGCCACGCUUCUACUUCAAGUACCCUUACUCGUGCCCCAUGCUGCCUCAUGACAAAGGCGACAUAGUCAUUCUGCCGAAGGAGAGACCUCAACUUCUGGUCAUUUCCAUGAUCAGGCCAUAUGAGGCGCUUCAACUCGCCAACAACGUGAUCCAAUACUUCAGCAGGCCAGAAAAUGACAUGGAUCUCCAGCAACAUGAGGCUCUAGGAGAUAUACGGAAAGUCAUAAAUGCAGGUCUUAUGCAGAAGCUUGGUUCUCCGUAUGCACAACUGGCUUACCCCACCGACGACAUGAGAGCACUUUGCAAGCGUCUUAUAACCGUUUUCUUCUUUGGGGCGGCAAUUCCGAUACAGUUUGUAUGGGACUUUGACGUCUGUCAGAAGAACGACUGGCUGGGGUUUACUGAGACGGGGUUUCACAAUGGCGACGAGUAUGAAUGCAUCACCAUGCAUCCUACGAAAGUAACAAUAGAGGUUGAAAUGUCUCGCAAUCGAGGAGAGUCGCUGGCGCUGCAACGCUUGUCCACGUUGAUGCACGAGCUCAUUCACGCUGUGCUUGGGAAACUAGCUUGUAGAGAUUGCGUUAUUCGGAUAGACAAUCUGUCCGCUCAUGGCCGCGCAUUCCAGAGACUGGCGAUGGCUAUUGAGAAGGAAUCUCCGCGCUUGCUAGGACUGGACCUGGAUCUUGGGAGGAUGGAUGGAGUCUUGAAUGAUAUGAAAGAUGUGGAAACUGGGUUCAACCACCCGAGCGUUCAUGAUUUAGAGGUUUAUGGGUUCGUGGAGUCUUUGGGGGAAAGGUUGGGCUUGUUGGAUGGGUCUUGGGCUGGCUGA